GCAGAGCGCGCAGGCGCCGUGCCCUCCGGUCACGUGCAGGGCCGGUCGCCGGCGGCAGCGCGAGGCGGUUGUUCGGGCUCGCGCUAUGGCCGUGAACUACAGCGCAAAGGAGGAGGCGGACGGGCACCCCUCGGGCGGCGUCGGGAUGCCGGGGGGCGGCGCGGGGGCCGGCGGCGGCGCCGUGAAGACCCGCAAGCCCGACAACACGGCGUUCAAGCAGCAGCGGCUGCCCGCCUGGCAGCCCAUCCUGACCGCGGGCACGGUGCUGCCGGCGUUCUUCAUCAUCGGCCUCAUCUUCAUCCCCAUCGGCAUCGGCAUCUUCGUCACCUCCAACAACAUCCGCGAGUACGAGAUUGACUAUACAGGAACAGAGCCUUCCAGUCCCUGCAACAAAUGUCUAAAUGUGUCCUGGGACAGCACCCCACCUUGUACUUGCACUAUCAAUUUCACACUGGAACAUUCAUUUGAGAGCAAUGUAUUCAUGUAUUACGGACUUUCCAACUUCUAUCAAAACCAUCGUCGUUAUGUGAAAUCUCGAGAUGACAGCCAGCUAAAUGGAGAUAACAGUUCACUACUUAAUCCCAGUAAGGAAUGUGAGCCUUACCGCACAAAUGAGGACAAACCCAUUGCUCCUUGUGGAGCUAUUGCCAACAGUAUGUUUAAUGAUACAUUGGAAUUGUACCGCAUUGAUAAUGACACAAGGACUCCUAUUACUUUGAUUAAAAAAGGCAUUGCGUGGUGGACAGAUAAAAAUGUAAAGUUCAGGAAUCCUACAGGAGAUGGAAAUAACUUAACUGCGCUUUUCCAAGGCACGACAAAACCUGUAAACUGGCCCAAGCCAGUGUAUAUGCUGGACUCUGAGCCUGACAACAACGGCUUUAUCAAUGAAGACUUCAUUGUGUGGAUGCGUACUGCUGCUCUGCCAACAUUUCGCAAGCUGUAUCGUCUCAUUGAAAGAAAGAACAACUUACAGCCUACCUUACAGGCUGGAAAAUACUCUCUGGAUAUUGCAUACAAUUAUCCUGUACACAGUUUUGAUGGACGAAAAAGAAUGAUCUUAAGCACCAUCUCGUGGAUGGGAGGGAAAAAUCCCUUUCUGGGAAUUGCUUACAUCACUGUUGGGUCCAUAUGCUUCUUCUUAGGAGUUGUAUUGUUGAUCAUCCAUCACAAAUACGGAAAUCGAAACACUAGCGCAGACAUUCCCAAUUAAUCUUGCAUUCUGAAAACAAAUGUACUGCAUGAGCAUCAAGGCCAGUCCAGAACGGACCCAGUUUUUGAAAGAUAAAUGUUUGCUUCUGUCACUUCUUGACUGGGUGCAUAAUUUUUAUCUAAAGCUCCCCUUUCCCACACUGUGGAUUAACUCUUGAAAAUGAUGGGUAUACAAUUGGCUGUCUUGAUUGUAUCUCUGCCUGUGUCAGAAACAGCUUUUCUGAUACUUGCCUCUAACUGGGCAGGCCACAUGAUGCAUAUAGCUCCUGUUCCCUUGAUGCAUCUGCUGCUUGUUCAUGUGCUGCGUAAUGUUGACAUGAUUCAGUGCAUUUAGAUUGUGUGGAGAAGGACUGUUCUGAGAUACUGUAAGUUGAAUUUCCAGAAUUCAGGUGUCAGUGCUGUUGAAAGAAAGUAAAGUCUUAAAUGUUUUUUCAGUUUACUGUCUUGUGUGCAUGGGCUCUUAUAUUUCUUGCUGAGAUUUUAAUAUAUUUGUAUAAGUUAAGUAUUCCCGUGUCCCACGCACCUCUGUUACAUUAAAUCCUUUAAGAGCUGUGUAAAUUUCAGCAUCCUAGAUUCUUUGUUUAUUUACAAUGUAUGUGCCUGGCCAGUAAACUAGCAUCCUAUGAACAUACCAGAAAACUUACUUGUUAAUUAUUUGUGUGAGUCCCUUUUAAAGAUUGUUCUAAAUUGGGAAAUGCUUGAUGCUGGUACAGUCUGCUUUUUUCUAAUUUUCUUUGCUUUAGGUCAUAUCCAGUACUAGUUUACCUGUUAUGCUUGCUGGUUCUGCUUUUUAUAAGCAGGACCAAGCAUUAAUAAGAAUCUAAAAUGUCUUUUCUGUUCACAAAUUUGAGUGAAUCUCUCUUACUGGAGGAGUUUCCUAAUUUUCUUGAGGCAUAUGUAUUCUGAGCAGGUGUUGCUGCAAAGGAAUUGUCAUAUACUGUAUUUGGAGUGAACACAAGGGUUUUUGCAGUGUUAAGAUUCAGAAGUUGAGAUGGCAGUAACCUCUUCUGACUGAAAUGCAGGUUGAGCUUGCUGUGAAUCCUAAUUAAAAUACAGCAGUUAGAAACACGUGUAGGUUAGUGUCUUAAAUUACAGAAGGGUUUGGUUUAAGUUAACUGUAACCUGUAAAAUACUACUUUUUGGUGACCUUUUUUUUAGAUGAUACACAGAAACUGUAUAUGGUAGAGAUCACUUUAUAUGCAACUAGCUUGAUAAAGUAUUGAGUAUAUUAAAAAAAGACCUAAUAAAUUCUGCAAGCCAUUUAAUAAGA